AGGAAGACGAAUCAAAGUUGGUGGUGAUUGGCUGAGAGAAAAACAACAAGUUGCGAGGAAAAUAAACUGACAGGAGACAAAGUGAACAAUAUAAGUUAUAUCUGGAUUAUUAUGAGCUGUUUGAACGUUCAGAACCGGUGAUUAUGAGCUGCGUGGCCGUGAAGCCUCCUUCGGGUGGAAGGUGGAAGGUGGACGUGAUCCGCCAGCUGAAGCGACGGGACCAGAGGCAGCACGAAGCGUUCAGCGACCUGAUCCGGCACUACAGCCGCAUGCUUGAGAAGUCCAGCAUCUCUGCAGGGUUCCUGAGGACUGCCAGGGUCCCAUCAGGCCCGGAGUCCUUGUCUCAGAACGAUCGCCUGAAGACGAUGACCGGAGAGUUGGCGUGCCAGGUGGUGGCUCUUCAGCAGGAGUUGAACAUCAAGCAGAAGGUUCUGGAGGAGCAGCAAAGCAGGUUGGCGGGGGCCCAGCGGGGGGCCUCAGGCGCCCAGGCUGAGGAGCAGGCCCUGCAGGCCCGGGCCGCGGUGGUCCAGGCGGCCAACGCGGGGCUGAAGCGCGAGUACGACGCCCUGCUGCUGCUGCACGCCGCGGCCGACGCCCGCGUCCGCGCGGAGACCCAGCGGGGGGCGGAGCUCCUGGAGGACGUCAUCCGACACAAGCAGCAGGCGGCCGCACGCCUCAACUCCGCCAACGAGAGGCGCUCCCGAGCUCGACAGGUCACCCUUCAGAAGGACCUGCGGGCCGCCCAGGAAACCCCCAUCACCAUGGAUACUCCUAUGUCCACGUCCCCGUCCACGGACCCCCCGGAGAGAGCCCACACACGACUCUUCAGGUCCGCUUCGGCCUCAUCACCUCGCAUCCUGACGUCCAUCAAGGAGCUGUUUGAGAGGAAGAGGCGGGGGACCUCGGUGUGCAGUGUGGACCAGGAGGUGUUCCGUCCAGGCAGGGUGUGCGUCUCGGCGCGCGUUCCUGUCAGAGCGCGCCACUCACUGGACGCCCACGAGCAAGGCAUCAACGCCGUGCGCUUCAGCUCCAGCUCGGACAUGCUAGCCACAGGAGGGACCGACAGAGUCAUCAAACUAUGGGAUGUCCAAGCAGGCCAGCUGAACCACAGAGGGACCCUAGAUGGCAGUGCUGAGGGAAUCACCAGCAUUGAGUUCGACCAAACAGGAUUCAAGGUACUUGCCGCAUCGUACGACAAAUCGGCCUUGCUAUGGAGAAUAGACGACUCAGUUCCAAAGGUGACCCUCACCGGUCACAGCAGGAAGGUGACGGCAGCGCGGUUCAGAGGCUGCCCCCAGCAGGUGGUGACGGGCAGUGCAGACCGGACCCUCAAACUCUGGGACCUGCAGAAAGCAGCCUGUAACUACCUGUCUGUCUGCCUGUCUGUCUCUAACUACCUGUCUGUCUCUGACUACCUGUCUCUAACUUCCUGUCUGUCUCUAAAUAUCUGUCUGUCUGCCUGUCUGUCUCGAAUUACCUGUAUGUCUCUAACUACCUGUCUGUCUGCCUGUCUGUCUCUAACUACCCGUCUGUCUCUAACUACCUGUCUGUCUGCCUGUCUGUCUCUAACUACCUGUCUGUCUCUAACUACCUGUCUGUCUCUAACUGCCUGUGUGUGUGUGUGUGUGUGUGUGUGUGUGUGUGUGUGUGUGUGUGUGUGUCCAGGCGUGUCUACUCUGCAGGUGUUCUCCUACUGUAGUGACCUUGUGUGUUCUGAGAAUGCUGUCAUCAGUGGACACUUUGAUGGACAGAUCAGACUGUGGGACACCAGGACUGCCAGCUGUACUCUAGAACUUCCUGCUCAGGGGAAAGUGACAUCACUGGACCUUUGCUCCGACCUCCGCCAGCUCCUCAGCUGUUGCCGUGACGACUGUCUCCAGCUGCUCGACCUGAGGGGCAACAACAGGAUGACCUUGAGAGCUGAGGGGUUUAAGUGUGGCAGUGACAGCACCAAGGCAGUCUUCAGCCCUGACGGGCGCUACGCCGCCGCCGGGUCCGCUGACGGGGGCGUCUACAUCUGGAGCGUAACCAACGGCGACCUACAGACUUGCCUCUCAGGGAAACACAGCGCCUCCAUCAGUGCUGUCUCCUGGUCUCUCUCGGGGGAUUACGUCGUCAGCGUGGACAAGAGUAGACGGGCUGUCCUGUGGAGCGACAUCUGACCCAGCCAACCAGGACUCACGGGCAGAGGGGGGGCAGUGGUGGGCGCCCCCCUGCUAACGUCAGACAGGGAUGAGGACUGAGGGGGGGGUCUUGGGUCCACAGGGGUCUCAGCUACAGGGGGUCUACAGAUCCUCAGGAAUGCUGACGUCAUGAGACCACUCUGGACCAAUCAGAAGAGGUCUUAUGAGACCACUCUGGACCAAUCAGAAAAGGUCUUAUGAGACCACUCUGGACCAAUCAGGAGGGGUCUUAUGAGACCAGUCUGGACCAAUCAGAAGGGCUCGUCAGUGUACAGAAGAUGCUGUGAAGUGUGUCACUAAUAAAGAGUCUGUUUGGGUUUA